UUCCGUCGCCUCGUCCAUUUUUCACGUAAUCGCACAUGGUGCCACACCAACCGCUAGCCAUCAGCCUCUUAAUAUUCACACUAAACCCUUCUCAGAGAGCAGUUCUCCUCCAACUUGCUAAAUGCAAGAUACGGUAGAUAUGGCGGACGACCCCGAGUACGAAGAAGACGAACCGUCCUUCAGCGAUCCGGAGGACUUCGAGGAUGACAUCGAAGAUGAGGAGUUACUGGAUGAUAUCCUAAGGGAGAAGCCUCAGGAGGCUGAUGGCAUAGACUCCGUGGUGGUGGUGGACAAUGUCCCCCAGGUCGGCCCAGAGCGUCUGGAAAAGCUCAGGAACGUCAUACACAAGAUUUUUUCCAAGUUUGGCAAGAUCACCAAUGAGUUCUAUCCUGAGGCCGAUGGCAUGACCAAAGGGUACAUCUUUCUGGAGUAUGCUGCUCCGACUCAAGCCUUGGAGGCAGUGAAGAAUGCUGAUGGAUACAAACUUGACAAGCAACACACAUUUAGGGUCAACGUCUUCACUGAUUUUGACAAGUAUAUGAACAUUUGUGACGAGUGGGAAACUCCAGAGAAGCAGCCUUUCAAGGACUUUGGUAAUAUGCGCCACUGGAUUGAGGACCCAGACUGCCGUGACCAGUAUAGUGUAAUUUACGAAUCAGGAGAAAGGACUGCCAUCUUCUCCAAUGAUGCCAAGGAGCCAAUCGUAGUUGAGGAAAGAGCGCGCUGGACAGAAACCUAUGUGCGUUGGUCUCCUAAAGGCACAUACCUGGCCACCUUUCACCAGCGGGGGAUUGCCCUGUGGGGUGGUGAGAAGUUCAAACAGAUUCAAAGGUUCAGCCACCAGGGCGUCUCCCUGAUUGACUUCUCCCCAUGUGAGAGGUACGUUGUAACUUUCAGUCCCCUGAUGGAUACUAAAGAGGACCCUCAGGCCAUCAUCAUAUGGGACAUUCUGACUGGUCAGAAGAAGAGAGGCUUCCACUGCGAGAGCUCUGCGCACUGGCCCAUCUUUAAAUGGAGUCACGAUGGAAAGUUCUUUGCCAGGAUGACACAGGACACGCUGAGCAUCUAUGAGACUCCAUCAAUGGGCUUGCUUGACAAGAAGAGUCUCAAGAUCACUGGAAUCAAGGACUUCUCAUGGUCUCCUGGAGACAACAUCAUAGCGUUUUGGGUGCCUGAGGACAAAGACAUCCCAGCCAGGGUGACGCUGAUGCAGUUGCCCUCCCGACAGGAAAUCAGAGUCCGCAACCUCUUUAACGUUGUCGACUGCAAACUGCACUGGCAGAGGAAUGGAGACUACCUGUGUGUCAAAGUUGACAGGACGCCUAAGGGAACACAGGGUGUUGUCACCAACUUUGAAAUCUUCCGCAUGAGGGAGAAACAGGUCCCUGUCGACGUGGUAGAGAUGAAGGAAAGCAUUAUCGCAUUUGCAUGGGAGCCCAAUGGCAGUAAGUUUGCUGUUCUACAUGGAGAGUCUCCUAGAAUCAGUGCCUCUUUCUACCAUGUUAAAAACAACGGCAAGAUUGAACUCAUAAAGAUGUUUGAUAAACAGCAGGCCAACAGUAUCUUCUGGAGCCCCCAGGGACAGUUUAUGGUGUUGGCAGGGCUCAGGAGUAUGAACGGAGCGCUUGCCUUUGUGGACACGUCGGACUGCACCAUGAUGAACAUAGCAGAACACUAUAUGGCCUCUGACGUGGAAUGGGAUCCAACUGGCCGCUAUGUUGUCACCUCUGUCUCUUGGUGGAGCCACAAGGUGGACAACGCCUACUGGCUAUGGACAUUCCAGGGCCGCCUUCUUCAGAAAAAUAACAAGGACCGUUUCUGCCAGCUACUCUGGAGACCCCGACCAGUCACCCUGCUUAGCGCAGACGAGAUCAAGAUGAUCAAAAAGGAUCUAAAGAAGUACUCCAAGAUCUUUGAGCAGAAGGAUCGUCUCAGCCAGUCCAAGGCUUCUAAGGAGCUGGUGGACAAGCGCAGGACCAUGAUGGAGGACUAUCACCGCUACAGGGAUGCGGCGGUGCAGACCUACCAAGAACAGAGGAACCUCCGCCUGGAACUCAGAGGAGGAGUGAACACAGAUGAGCUGGACAGUAACGUUGACGACUGGGAGGAGGAGACCAUUGAAUUUUUUAUCAACGAAGAAAUCAUUCCCCUCGGAGAUCUGUAGUCCCCUACGCAGUUUAUCCGUGUGUCUGUGUGUGUGGAAGUAGGAGAAACGAAUUGUCACGUGGAUUGGAGGAGGACAACAACCACACUCUGAAACUUGGGAUUUGUCACCGGUCUCAACAUUCUACCUUCGUGACAUCAUUAAAGCACGCCUUGUGGCUUCGCAGCCACAUCGAGGGGGAAGUAAAGAGGAUACUCUUCAUUGCUUUAUUUUUAAAUCAUCCCCUUGUCUUUUAACUGGCACUUGAUACUUAACAAUCCAUCCUCUGUCAUUUUCAUUAAUCAAAGUCACUCCUCUUAUCACAGCCCUUUUCUUAUUGGGGACCUCUUGACUUUUGGGUUUGUGUCAUCUGAACUAGUCCCAUUAUGCUAGUGUUUUAUUACUGGGGAAUAGAGAGUGCCAUGCCUGUGGGCAGUGGAGGGGUUGUGACCAAACAAGUAGCCUUGUUAGUUAGUGUGCUAAGGUGGCACUACAGUGGCCUGUAUCCUCCUCCUUUCAGACUUGGCCUCCACACAGGGAGGGGGUGUGCUGUGGGAAUUACUCAAAAUAAACAUUCAAACACAAUGCUGAAAA